CCAAAGUACUCCAUAUCCUUUAUCCACCACAACAUCAGACAGUUCACUUCACCAAGGUCGAUUGGUCUUCACCAUCAUCAACAACAAUAAUAACAGCAACAAUCCCCACUCGUCACGACGCUAACACAGGCAGACGUGGUCCCUCUUGGGUUGUACAAGAAAACUCUAGAGUCCGGUUGUUGCGUUAACAACCUGCAGCCGACAUGCGGUCUACAUUCGCCGCCGCCGCCCUCGCUCUGGCUUGCUGCCUCGACGUCGCCCACGCCAACACCGAAAAGACCAUCUUCCUCGGGCCGGAGACCGUGAACGUCCCGACUACACCGCCAACAAUUGAGGACCUUCGUCUGGAUGUUCUCACACCUGAUGACUGGAACAAGAGAAUCGAAUUGAAGGCUUCAUUCCCAACUGGAGACUCGCCCUUUGGAGCGACCACUUGGCUAAUUAUCACCAAUCUCACUCAAGGCCAGCGUUAUGAACUGAGAGUGUGCUGGGCGGCCACACAGCCCACGACCUUCACUCUCGACGUCUUCGAGCUGCCUACAGUGUGGGGUACGCCCGAGUUGAUUUCGUCGCUGGCAGACGACGCAUUUUCGCGCCAGUUCGAACAAGUCGACUCUGGCAACGGUGACAAGCCGUCGCAACGAAGGAAGCACGAGUAUGAAGCAUCGCUGCUAUUUGUCCGGGUUCAGGCAGCAGCAGACUACUUUACGGACAACGCCACACUCAUGACACAGGUCGAGCCCGUUAGUGUUGACCUCAUACUCGACCCAUUCUUGCUCAAUGCUUUGCCACGAUCAUUGCUGCCCACUGUCGGUUACGUCGUCGUCGUGGCGAUUUUGGCUUGGUUUCUAUCUAGACGCAUUCUUGUUUGGAUUCAGCCUGUGCUCGCCGCUGAAAGCAAGUCGGCUGAAAGGAAGAAGAGGAUGUGAACACGAAACUACCGUAUCGCGUCGCCAUCUCCAUGCAUUCAUGUCUUGCUCGGAACGAAAGGACUUCUAACGAGAGGAAUUCCACUGCGUACAAACGAUUCCAUGCUUCCUUGCAACAACAGACGCCCAAAAUACGUCAGGCAUCCCCGCCUGAAAAUAGCCAAGGAUGCAAAAGAAGGAUAUACAAUCUGAGUACCCUCCCGACAGACAUGCCCUGCAUUUUCCUCGAGCAUGUCUAAUUAGCGGAGUAUGAACACGCAAAGUGCCAGAGCCCAGGCGCUGGAAAGACGCCAGAAAUCGGGACACGCCUCACCUGGCUCUGUUGCACUGUCUGACUAUGCUAGUCGCAGCAUCACUCAGUAGUGGUUGCCAUAGCUGGGCGUCUGCUGAGACGGAUUGCUGCCGUAGGACGCUUGGCCAGGGUAUCCUCCGGUCUGAGGGCCUUGGGAAGCGCCGCUGCUGUAUGUGGCCGGGUUAUAACCACCGUACUGCGGUUGUUGUUGCUGGUGCUGGUGGCUCGAGGGGGUACCAUAGCUGGGCUGUUGGCCGUACGAUGGAGGGCCGCCGACAGGCGGAGGGGGGUAUGAUUGAGUGUGAGAUAGUUGGGGCGGCGCGCCGUAAGAUGGGUUUUGAUGAGGCUGACCCUGGUUUGGCGGAGGGGGGUACUGGUUAGGCGGAGGAGGGUAUGAUUGCUGGGAAUGGUUCUGGCCUUGGUUCGGCGCUGGCGAGUGGUAAGAACCGCCCGAUGGCGCAGACGAGUGCUGAUUAUGCGAAGAGGAACCAGGAGGCUGGUAUGAGGUGGGAGGGGCCUGGCCGGUGUAGCCGCCGCCGCCGCCGCCACCACCACCACCGCCCCCAGAAGCAUUGUUGGAGUAUCCGAAGUCGUUGCCCUAUAGGUUGAGGUCAGCAAUGCGCGCCGAAUGCAAUCAUCCGCCCUGACAUACACCAUGAUUUUGUUUGCC